AAAUUCCAUAGCGCCAUCAAUUGCUAGCCAGCACAUAAAAAAAUCGCGUUACAUCAUAUCUGCAUCAAGAUUACUUUGCAAACAAUAUUACCGAAUCAAAUAGGAAUAUUUAUCUUCACUAAUUAACGUACAAAUCAUAUUUAAUCUAGCAUUAAAAAAAAAUCAUGUUCCCAACUAAUGCAAGUUUUUGACGUAUCGGAGACGCGGCGAAUUGUACAUAAACGAAACAUAACCAAACAUAUGUAGGAUACACACGCAUAUACGACAUUUUAUUAUCGUCGCCAAUUUUUCGCAUUCAAUCAGCAACUCUCCGCGCCCCAUAAUCUUGUCAAUCUGCAUUUACAAUGGACCCACGCUUACACAGAAGGCAAGAGCCGGAAAAAAAGGGCUCGAGCGACUUGGUCGUAGAAUGGCUUAAUGAUGCUUCUAUGAGCACAAGCGAAUCGGUAAAAUUAACAAAUUUGGCUAAAGUCAACGAGUUCUUGAUACAUAAGGAACCCAAAUUGCUGGAUUUAUACUUGGACGAAACGUUGCAAUUCUCUCUAGAUAGGAGUAGCGAAGUUAGAAAACUUAUCGCAGGAUUUUUGGAAGAAGCUGGGUGCAAACAGCCUGACUUGAUUCCUCGACUAGUCCAAACACUCGCAAGAUUAGUUGGAGAUGAUGCAUCAGCUGUAAUCAAGCGGGCACUUAGAGCAGCGGGAAGAAUUCUCAGGGCGACAUUGAAAUGGAUAUCAAGUGUUGCGAUUAUCACAACAGACAUGGAGCUCGCUUGGACUCAACUGAGCAAUCUCAAGGUUGAGAUAAUAAAUAUGAUCGACAGUGACAAUGACGGAAUCAGAACCCAGGCAGUAAAGUUCCUGGAAGGAGUUGUUUUACUGCAAACAUAUCCAGAUCCUGAUGCCCCGAAAAAGCCUGACGAUUUCUCCUUGGAAGAUAUUCCAUUAACACUAAAAAUAGCUCGGAGAAGAAAACUGGAGGAAGAGGCAAACCAUGUUAUGGAUUUGUUGAUCAAAUUCCACGGUUCUCCGCAUGUUAGCAGCGUCAAUUUGAUGACUUGUAUGGGGUCCUUAGCAUUGAUUGCUAAAACUAGGCCUCAGUUUAUGCGUCAAGUAAUUCAAGCCUUACAACUCCUACAGCAUGAUCUGCCACCAACACUGUCCGAUUCACAAGUAACGAGUGUCCAGAAACAACUUAAGCUCACGCUGUUGGGAUUACUAAAACACCCUGCAAGCAUAGAGUUCGCUGCAACAAUGGCAAGACAAUUGAACCAGCUCGGGGCAAGAGAGCAAGAAAUUAUGAAGGCCUAUCCAAAAGUCGAGGAUAUUCGUAAAAUGAAGAAACGGCAGCAGGAAACAGCGGCAGCGUCUGCGGCCAAACGUGCGAAAUUGGAGGCUGCGAUUGCAAUUGAAGAGCCUGAGCAGCAGCCGAUGGAAAUCGAACCUGUGAAACCUCCUGAAUUGAUUGAGCUUUCUGAGAAUUUUAUCGGUGACCGUCUAAGUGUGGAAAUUGCCACGGAACUAGUUAUGGAUAGUAUGGCUUGGGUGCCAGAUAUAAUGACGACAGUGUUCCAACGAGAAUAUCAGCCAACGUCUACAACCGAUAUAAACGUGCAACGUCAAACUAUCGCCAGGUUACUAGCCGCACAGAUAAAGCAAGCUAAGGCCAAAAGGGUUAAAAGGGAAACGAAAGAGGAAGAUGCAGUGAUGGAAGACUUAAUAAAAAAUCCAACAAUCACUGUAGCCGAGGCAAAACGUGAAAGAAAACGAGAAAAGGACAGGGAGAAAGAGAAAGAAGCGAAGGCUUCAUUGGAGGCGCACGAAAAGUCGCUUAAAAUGGCAAAAAAUCGUUUAAAAACGCUGAAGCUAUCUGAAAUUACAAAGCCUCUUCAAAGAGAGGCUAAAGAAAAAAUGCUCCUAAUGGCUGUAGGCAGAAUUCUCGGAGCUGAAAGGAUCGCAGUACUCGGUGGAGUGGCACCAGUCAGGUCCAAGAUAUUGACAACCCUAGCUGCUACAUUCAACCCAUAUAUAAGGGAAGCUGUACUCCGCUACAUAACUGAAGACAUGAGGUCACGGCUUGAUUUGGCACUCGGCUGGCUCUACGAGGAGUACGCUUUGCUUCAGGGAUUCCAAAGGCGUACGACUCUGACGAGUAAACCGCAGGAAGCUCCUCAUCAAGCCUACAACUUUUUACUCUGCACUUUAGUUUCUGCAAUCGACUUGGUACCAGGGAAAGAUCGAGAUGUGUUGUUGUCCCGGUUGUAUCUGGAAGCUCCUCUAAUCACAGAAGACGCUGUGGAAGCUUUAAAACUGGUCUCAUCUGAUGAAACGAGAGGGCUCGCACCUUUGGAAUUACUUAAGGAAAUGGUUAUUCGGAGACCGACAAAGCAGCUAGUAUUUUUGAACGUAUUACUGUGUCAUACAGGACAUGAAAAUAACACUAUUCGUGAAGCAGCGAUAGAGUUUGUUGUUCAAUUGUACGGCCGACCAGAGCUGGGCAAGUUGAUAGAAGAAUAUGCGGUACUGUAUUUAGGUUUCCUGCGACUACCGAAUCCACCUGAAAUUGUAUUCGGACAGGACAGAGGAAGACCGCAAAUCGACGAUCAGUGGAGCGAGUCAACCACUCGAGCUUGUUUGGGAUUGUAUCUAGCAUUACUGUCUGAACACCAGGAUCUUAUUCACGAGCUUGCCAGGGUUUAUACCUCAAUGGGAGCUGACGUUAAGCGUAUUAUCCUACGCCUGGUUGAAGGACCAGUGAGACUCUUGGGAAUGAGUAGUCCGCAGCUCUUGUCCCUUGUUGAAAACUGUCCAAAAGGGGCGGAAACCCUGGUUACACGAGUUAUUCACAUCCUUACGGAAAAAUCCGCGCCUAGUGCAGAAUUGGUCGCCAAAGUACGUGAACUGUAUCAAACAAGAGUGUCCGAUGUUAGAUUUUUGAUACCUGUUCUUAACGGCUUGACCAAGAAAGAAGUUAUCGCCGCUCUUCCCAAACUUAUUAAGUUGAAUCCGAUUGUCGUGAAGGAGGUAUUCAACAGACUCCUUGGAACCCAUAAUAAUGACAGUGGUAUACCACAUAUGUCGCCAAUAACUCCGGCGGAACUUCUCAUCGCUUUGCAUACCAUAGAUACAAGCAAAGCAGAAUUGAAAACAGUCAUAAAAGCAACAUCUUUAUGCUUUGCUGAGAAACAAGUCUAUACACAAGAAACGGUGGCAGUAGUGAUGCAGCAUCUUAUGGAAAUGACGCCCCUGCCGACGCUUCUGAUGCGAACAGUCAUUCAAAGUCUAGCUUUGUACCCCAGACUGAGCGGAUUUGUGAUGAACAUUUUACAACGAUUAAUUUUGAAACAGGUUUGGAAACAGCACAAGGUUUGGGAAGGGUUUGUGAAGUGCUGCGAGCGAACUCAGCCCCAGAGUUUUUCAGUUAUCUUACAAUUACCGCCUGCCCAAUUGGCAGAGGCAUUAAAAAUGUCUCCGGGAUUGAAGGCACCUCUACUCGCACACGUUGAAUCGUUUGCCGAGAAUCAGAAAGCUCACAUUCCACAGUCUAUAAUGGAUGUGAUCCAGGGAAAAAUGUUGCCUGUAGUUGCCGAUGAAUUUGACAUUGCUCCUCCCGGUGAAUACCCCUUAGAACUCAAAUCAGAGCCCAUGGACACCGACCCUUCGGAACCAGCCCCACCUGGACUGGAUUAGUAUAAUUUUCCAACGACUCUUCAAGGGAGGAGGCCUGAGUGUUCUGAACAGGGCGACAAGCACUGCAAACCAUAUUCCAACGCAAAGAGAGCAAAGGUCCAGAGCCAAUACGACCAAAGAAUAAACACGGAGCAACAUAGUUGGUCGCUUU